AUGACUGAUAAGGUUAACAAUUCGCGGAGGAAGUUGCGCACAAAGACAGGGUGCUUUACAUGUAGGCAAAGACGAAAGAAAUGCGACGAAAAGUCCCCGAUCUGCGAUUUGUGUCGAUCCUCAGGGCGAAAAUGCAUAUGGCCGUCAGCAAGCGAUUUACUCGACCGCCGGUACUCCCAUCACUGCGAUUCACGGCACCAAGACCGGAGUCUGAAAGAACAAACACAACUACCCGAUGAUGACAUUGGGAAUUCCUUGAUACCCAUUAGCAGCAAUCACCCCGUGCAACAUACUCUCCCCUCCUCCAGCCCAUCAACUGCAUACGAGAUCGAUUCCGUCUGUCCAUUAGACCUCCUAUCGCAAGCCGCCACCGUACACCGCGUACUCUCCAACCACCUAGAACUCCGCGUCUCGGACCACUUCUCCGAUAAAUACUUCUCCCUCCUCCUACUACCAGACUGCUACCGCGGCUUCCACGACGGCUGGCUCACUGAGAUCAAGCAGCUUAUGGUGACUCACAAGAGCUUAUACUACUCAGUCUUGGCUUGUGCUGCAUCACAUAUCUUUCUCUCCGACUCGGUAUGGGAAAUGCAUCCCGUUGCGUUGUCCUAUUAUGCUGAAGGAGUUAAAGAACUGCAGCUUUUGCUUGGGAAGGUUUCGCAAUAUGAGAAUCAUGAUGCGCUGCUCAUGUCUGUGAUGUUGCUUUAUCUCCAUGGGUGCCUGGGAUGGGGAACACAGAGUGACGUCGCACAGCACGUCAACGCCGCGACUCGUAUCGUCACUUUGAGAUUACUUGACAAGCCAGCCGGCAUUCAACGACUCUUCGACAGACUAGCCCUCGAAAGUGUCAUCUACCAACAGUUCCUGCUCUCAACUGGCCUCUGGACAGAAAGUAGCCAGUCCGAAUUCGUGUUCGACCCGGAUUUCUGGGAUGGUGUUGAGAAACUUCUCGACAAGUCUUCACUGUUAUCAGGAGCGCCCUGGAACGUCGAAAGCCCUGUUUUAGGGGUGCCGUUGUAUUUCUUCCGUACAACCAUAAUAUUGCGGGAAUGCUAUCGCUCAGGUGUCAGUCUAGAACCAGAAGUCUUCAAUCGGAUACGACAUGAGGUACAAUGCUGGGAAGCACAACUCUGCGACCCGAACUCAGAAUCCAUUUUCCUCUCCUCCGAUAAAGUCAGAAAGAUACCGAGCUUAAAAAUCAGAGACGAAACAUAUUUAUAUGCGAUAGUUGCCUCUCUGUUGCUGGAGCAGAUUAGUGAGAACGGGAGUAGAGGGACUAUGCCAUCAGUGGUCUCUAGGGACAAGUGGCAGAUAAGACUAUUCUUACAAAUUCUCAAGAGUCAUCAAGGCAGUCGAGAAUGGGCCAGAUCAUAUGCAGGUAAUUGGCCAGCGUAUACCUUGGGGACUUUUCUUUCUUCGCCUGAGGAUAGACUGGUGGUGAAAGAAGAUCUUGAGGCUUCGUGGGAGGUUACGAGAAUGACCUAUGCCCUGAGGUACUGCCGUGAUUUAGAUGUCAUUUGGAGGUCGAGAUAGUAGUAGGUGAUGAAUAUCCAUACCAACUGUUUAUGUGGACAUUUAUAAAUCACUCUUGAGUUCUAAGCACAUAGUCACGAUACACACUUCAAAAUAGGAGAAAACAAGCCAAUCGUUUCU